AAGAACUGAAACACACACCCAAAUUCAACCUUUAAUCCUCCUUUCUUGCAAUUUAAUUUGUCAUUACCACCACCAUGUUCUCUAUCAAGAUUGAUGACAUUGAUCCUUUCUUAGAUGCAACCAUCCUGUUUGCUGAACUUACACACGAUGAAAUCUGCCUAAAGUUCUUGCCCUCAACCAUGUCCAUAAUUGUUCGCUACGAAUGCCCUAUUUUCUUUGUAACUAUGUCUCUGCCGCAACCCUUAUUCGUCGAGUAUUCCGUUGAUCGGAACCACAUUUCAAGGAUUUCCCUCCUGUCCUUUUACAGUGCUUUGCUUGAAUGCCAAACUUUUGCUGCAUUGAACAUCCAUCUUCAGGAAGACCAGAAUAAAAUAUUGCUUACAUUUGAGCCUUCAAGUCCAUCAACAUUACCAUUGAACCGUGAAUUGACAUUCGUCGUGCCUAUGGAAGAUUGGUCUACUGCACAAGUUAACUUUGAUGGAAAAGUUUUCUCCAUUGAGUCACAACUGUUUAUCGAUAUUAUCCAACUAUUUUCUUCCUUCACUGAAGCUAAUACAAUUUUGAUUGCUUCAUUUGGUUCAAAAGUCUCCUUCUCAAUUCUUCCAUUUGCAGAGACACCUCUUACCGAAGAGAGUGGAACAUGUUUGAUUUUUGGUGAUAGAGAAAUCGAAACUCAAAUACAAAUGCCACUUCUUCCAUCCUCAUUUUUCAGUAAUUGUGUACUUCAAUCUCAAAGGGUAUGGUUCUUCCAAUCACCUGAUUCUUCUUGUACAUUCAUUCAUUUCCCUUUUCAAGUUUAUCCUCAUUUUUUGGUGAUCUGUAUCCCUUUCCAAAUUGUGUAAUUAACUCUUCAUCUCAACAUUAAGAACACACACUCACUAAACAAAAUUGAAGUCUGAUUACUUGGGAUUUUCUGUAUAGUACUAUCAAUACAACUAAUUUUCCUCCCAA